AUCCAAAACUGACAACUGUCAACAACAAAAAAAUAGAAAUCAUAAAUAUAAUAGAUUUUGUCAUUAUUUACCAAUUAGAAUAUAUUGGAUGUUUAUUUCAUGUUUAGUUGUACGAAUUAUACUAGUUGUACCAGCCGAAUAUGGAUGAGAUAAAAAAAUUGUGUGACUAUAAGUGGUUGAAAUUAAAGAAAGAAAAUGAGAGAGAAAGAGAGAAGUGUGAAAUCGUGUGGUUAAGAUUAAAUAUAGAUGAAAUGAUCCAAUGAUUCAUUUUAUCCGUUUAUUUAGGCUAAUAUUGUAAUUUGCGAUCCCUAAGUCCAUGUAGAAUAAUUUUGGAUGUAGAAGAUUUUUUUUUGGCCAUUUGGUCCAUGUCAGAGUUUUGUCCCAAAUCGUACGUAUAAUAGAUUGCAUAAUCUUAUCUAAUUACGCCAUUUUUAGAAGAAAAUCUUGGAGAGAAAAUUGUGCGUGUAACGUUUAACCAUCAGCCAAUCAUAUUGCAACUUUUGUGAAAAUUAUCUCGAGCAGAUUCCUUCGUUGCCCUCUCGGUGAAAACUGCAUAAAGGGUUGAAUAAAGUCUCAUACUCGCAACAACAUCUCGAGAGGUUUCUUCUCUCUCUUCUGCUGAUCGUUUUUGGUUCAGAGUGACCAGGGAAGAUGCAAGGAGGUGGUGGAGAUCCUUUCAACUUUAAUUGUCCUUCUGAUGGCUUUGGAGGCUCUUCUGGUGGCCCGAACAAUGGUCCCCCGAGUCUGAUGUCUAGUUUUGGAGGAGACUCUUUUGAUGGUUUUGGUGCCCCUAACAAUGAACAUCCGAGUCAUAUGUCCAAUGUUUUAGGAGGAGACUCUGCUGAUAGUUUUGGUGGAUCUAACAACGGUCCACCGAGUCAGAUGUCUAAUGUUUUAGGAGGAGUCUCUGUUGAUGGUUUUGGUGGCUCUUUUGGUGGAUCUAAUGGUGAUCCUCCGAGUCUGAUGUCUAGUUUUUUCGGAGGAAGAGAUCCGUUUGAUGACCCUUUCUUCACCGAGCCUUUUGGUGGUAGCAUGUUUCAUCCCAGCUUGUUUGGUCCUCCUACCGUGGACCCUUUUGCUGGAGUGCUUCCUCCUCCAUUAGGGUUUAUCGAGAAUCAUCAUCACCAGACACCACAACCGAGACUACCAGGUGGACCAGUUAUUGAAGAGAUCAAUGUUUUAGAUGCUGAGGAAGAAGGAGAAGCAUAUCAAGAGAAGAGCGUAAUCCUAGGGAAACGUGGCAGGUCAAGCAGUGAGGUGGAAACUGAAGAGGCUAUAGCUGAAGAGAGAAGGAUCACACACAUGCAAAACAUGAAUGCAAAUGCUAUGGUGGACAAUGGACAAUGGCAACAACAAACUCAAGAGAGAAGGAUCACACACAUGCAAAACAUGAAUGCAAAUGCUAUGGUGAACAGUGGACAAUGGCAGCCACAGACUCAAGGUUAUAGUUUCCAGAGCUCGACUGUUACUUACGGUGGUAAUGACGGAAACUACUACACUUCGUCCACGAACAGAAGGACAGGAAGUGAUGGGUUAACUCUGGAAGAAAGCAAAGAAGCUAAUACUGCAACUCGCGAAGCAGCGCACAGGAUUUCAAGAGGCUUCCAUAACAAGGGCCACACGGUUGAGCGUACGCGCAACUCGGAUGGUCGGAUUGGUACAAACCAGAUUUUGCACAAUCUGAACGAAGAAGAAGGAAUGCAACGGAUUUAAGCAGGCUGGGUUUCUAAAGGCUUCAAGUUAAUGUAACCAAAAGACUAUUAUAUACUUUACUUUGGUUGCAUGGUUACUGUAACCUCUGUAUGAUGACAUGAUUUGAAGGGUUUAUGAUUUAUGGUUUAUGGUUUAUGCA